UUGUUUCAGAUUGCUGUCACUACCGGCUGCCUGGUGGAAGGAGGUGCAACAUUCAUAGGAAAAGUUUUCGAUAAAUACACCAACGCUUACUUGGAAGACACAUGGAUGUCAAGUGUUGCCUCCUGCGUAUUCAGUGGAUUUCUUUGUGCCAUUGGUAUCAACUACACAGGAAUGUAUGCAAAUCCUUUGGUCGCAUGGGCUUGUACCUUCAACUGUGAAGGAUUGACACAUGUUGGGCAUUUGCUGGUUUACUGGUUGAGCCCACUUAUUGGAUGGUUCACAGCUGAGGCAAUGCUUGGAGAUGAUGAAGAAGAGGAAGUGGAAAAGAAAAAGCAAUGA